AUGCAGAGCCGCGAGGAAGCUGAAACUCUGUGUGGCAUUUUCAAUCACCACCAUGAAAUACUCUGCUGCCAGUGCCAGAACACAAAAAUAUUAAAUGCUAAAAUACUGGGGCAGACUACUGUUGCACUAAUCGGAGGGGUGCCCGGGGUGACUCUGGAGCAGGGCCACCCGUCCUUCCCCGAGCCGGGCAGACGGCAGCCAGGGCUGGAGAACGAGGUCAGCGUGCGGAACGACAGCCCGCGGUACCCCAGCCCGCUAUGCGUGCUAAAAAUGGAUCAUCACUGUCCAUGGGUGAAUAACUGCAUUGGAUUUUCUAACUACAAAUUCUUUCUGCUGUUCUUAGCCUAUUCUUUGUUGUAUUGCUUGUAUAUUGCUGCAACGGUCUUCAAGUAUUUCAUUAAGUAUUGGACAGGUGAACUGACCAAUGGACGUUCCAAAUUUCACGUCCUCUUCCUUCUCUUUGUGGCGGUCAUGUUCUUCGUAAGCCUUAUGUUCCUGUUUGGCUACCAUUGCUGGCUCGUUAGUAGAAACAGAUCUACUUUAGGCUUGUUAACUGCCAAGGGUCCCAUUCCACACUCCUGCGAAUUCUCCGCACCGCUUGCUUGCCGCAUCGUCAUCACGGGAGGAAGGGGUUUAAAACCCUGGAGAAAGGAAGGUGCAGCUGCUCGUCACGGCGUCGUGCUCCGGCGGGAGCUGGGCGUCGUUGCCACGCUCUGGAGAUCCUGUGCCGGGCUGAGUGAACAAUACAGGAAUGAAGACAGUGAAGUGGUAGGACACGCAGUCCCGACUGCUGUACAGAGGAAGCGGCUCUUUGUCAGUCUGGCCUUCACAGUACCCUGGGUGCCUCUCAAGAAGUUCUUCCGUGAGUGCAGCGACAUUGCCCGUAAUAAGAGGCGAACCCCGGCGUUAGCUCACUGCAUCUCAGUCUUCGCCACCAAGCAGGAAACCCAUGAAGCAGAACCUCUGUGGGAUAAAUUUUGUAUAUGGAAAUCCAGUAGAGGAGACUUCGUAUUUUCUGCUGAUCGCCUGAUCAGACUUGUGGUUGAAGAGGGACUGAAUCAACUGCCGUACACAGAAUGUACCGUGACCACGCCGACAGGACACAAGUACGAAGGAGUCAGAUUUGAAAAGGGAAACUGCGGAGUCAGCAUAAUGAGAAGCGGAGAGGCAAUGGAACAAGGCUUACGAGACUGCUGUAGAUCAAUCCGCAUAGGAAAAAUCCUGAUACAGAGCGACGAGGAGACUCAAAGAGCGAAAGUGUACUACGCUAAGUUUCCACCCGACAUUUACAGGAGAAAAGUUCUUCUGAUGUACCCAAUACUAAGUACUGGUAAUACUGUCAUCGAGGCUGUCAAAGUUCUUGUAGAACAUGGCGUACAACCCAGUGUCAUUAUCCUGCUGAGCCUAUUCUCCACACCGCACGGUGCCAAAUCCAUCAUCCAGGAAUUCCCAGAGAUCACGAUUUUAACUACAGAAGUUCAUCCUGUCGCACCAACGCACUUCGGACAGAAGUAUUUUGGAACAGACUGACACACUCGGAACAGACGGAUAGGACUAUAGGAUGUUACAAGAGGUUUUUUUCUACGUUUUAUUAUUGUCGAGUUGGUUGAGGGCAUGUUUAAAAAUCUUUUUGGCCAAAGGGGGAAACGCUUGGCUUAGAUGAGCUCUGGUCAGUCACUGCCUGAGCACGG